AGCUCUACCACAUUGUGUAUGUGGAUUAGCCUUACUCGAUUCUCCACUGGCUAUUUUAUCGCAUGCUGGAACACACUUGAUACAUGCAGACAAGUACAAAUCAUCGUCUAUUGUUCUACCGGAUCCAAUACAACUGCGUCGAUUAAAGCGUCAACAUCCGCAUGCAUCAUCGUCAUCUUCAAAUAAUCGACAGUAUUCAUCAGAGGAAUUUCUAUUCCCUAAACCUAAUGAUCAUAUUCCGUGUUGUAUAGAAGUUUAUCGACAUCUACGAUUCGGUGUUUCUCCAGGAUUUGACGCCUACCUUUUAGAAGCAACGAAAGGAAGCUUAACCUUUACAUGUCCUAUUUGUUCCACAGUGUUGUGUACUCGUUGGGCCUUAACACAGCAUGCAUUUUCAGAGCAUUGGGGCACUUUAUGCUAUAUUUGUUGUACUUACACAUUCAAUCCUGAGGAGAAUUCGCCUUCGUUAGACAUCAGUGUUGAUUGUAAUGCACAGAUUCCAAGUGCCUGUCUAUCAGUGUCAUCUUUACCAGCUAUCGCUUCUUCUUCUUCGUCUUUAUGUCCACCUACUUUGAUCCCUUCCUCUUUGAUGACCACGAAGAAGAUAGCAUCAACAUCCACAACAGCCACAGCGACAGCAACACCAACGACUGAGAUUGUCGUGCCACAGUCAAUGAAAACGUCGGCUAAUUUAUGGGAUCACAUUUUUCAGUGCAUGAAUAGUCGCCGUGAUCUACUGAAUGGUCAUCAUCAUCAACAUGGUCCAUUUCCUCCACCACUAUCAUCAUCAUCAUCAUUGACGAAAUCUGAUCUUCGUGUGAAUGAUGAUGACAACAACCACCAUCAUCACCAGCACCACGACCACCACCACCAGCAGCAGCAGCUGUUCAUUGGGGAUAUUGAUUUAGACCGUAGUGAAAGUGAGCUACCAAGAUAUUCUUACAAUUAUGAUAAUGUUUCUGAUUGUGAUGAUCCAAGUGAAAAUUUUAAUGAUUCUGUCCUCACUAUUGUGAGUUCACCUGAACAUGAGAUGAUCACUAAUACUAACACUACUACUAAUAAUAAUAAUAAUGCUGAUAAGAAUUAUUCAGAUGUGAGUUUAUCACCACGCCAGAUACCACUACAUAUCAGUGAAACAUGUUUAUCAUCUAAUAUUUCGACUGACGCCGCCAUCUCUGCGACCAGCGCCAGCAACACUACCAUUCCAAUGACUGCUGCUUCGUUGUCAUUGUCAUCUGCUGCUGCUCCUGUACCUGCUACUACUUCUACUACUGCGAUGAGGACAACGAAUACUGCUGCUGCUGCUGCUACUGUUGCUGCUCGUCCUCCUCUUCCUUCAUGUACUAGUCCUAUUGAAUAUGUACAUAAAAUAUUUAAUAAUAAAUAUGUAAAGAGAAAAGCAUCAACAACAACAACUUCGGAAACUAGUGGUAGUACACGUAAUAAACGUGUAUGCCCAUCACUAAACAAAGGUGAUUGCAACAACGUACAAGGUAGUUGUCAUCGCAUUAUUGAAGGUGUUGGUGUUAGUGCUAGUGUUGGAGGUGAUGAUAAUGACCAACUGAGUCCAACUAAUAAUUCUGCUACUACUACUCCUUGUGUUGACGAGGGGGCGCAAGAACAGGUCAGCAGCGGCGGCGGAGGGACAUCACGUAGUUCUGAUGAUACAAAUGUUACUGAAAUGUCAGCGUUUGAUAGACCAACAAUACCAAGUGGAGUUGUAUCGAAUCCGCCUGUAUGUCAGAUAACUUAUAAAUGUUACGUGUGUCAAAGACGAUUUACUGCUCGUUCUUCGUGUCUGCGUCAUAUGACCAAUUUGCAUGGAGCUGUAACAUCAGAGCUGCAGUGGAAUCUUUUGACUGAAACAAAUUACGUCGCAUCUACUCCAUCUGGACCUAAAAACAAUAACCCUAAUUUGUUGUCGUUGUUGAAUAAUAAUAAUACCCCAGCUACUGGAUCCGGCUCAACAGCAGCACCAGCGACGACGUCAUCAUCAUCGUUGUCUAAAUCAGGUGAAUCUGUUCGUGAAGAGAAUGACAACAGCAGCAGCAGUGGCGGUGGUGUUGUCAGAAAGAUAUUCUUUUGUUCACUUUGUAAUAAGUGUUAUAGGUCACGACAUAGUUUAUUAAGACAUAAAACUUCACAUCAUGGACAGACGGAUAGUCAGACAAGCAGUCGGCAAGCAGACUGAGUGAUUGAUUGAUUGGUUGGUUGGUUGGUACAUUAACUCAUACAUCUUUCUUCAUUGUAUGUUCUAUUACUGUCUUAUGCACAGUUAUGUGUUAUACAUAUAGGUACAGUUUGUACAGACACAAAGACAUAAAUGUUUGCGUUUAUUUUCGUUAUGUGUUUGUUAUAUACAUAUACAUGUUUUUUUUAACGAUUAUGAUUGUACAUAUACAGGAGCCAGAAAUUCAGAUUUAUUCAUUAUUAUUAUUAUUAUUAUUACUAAUACUCGUUGGUUAGAUUUUGAAUUAUAAAAUUUGAAUAACGC